UUCUAGAAGACGAAAAUGGCAGCGCGCGGGCUGCGGCUUGACGUGGGCCGGCUGUUUGCGAUGGGGGCAGAGCUGGGGAGCGGAAGACGACCUUACUGCACGUCCCAGGCCUUCGCGGAAGUUCUACGGCUGCCAAGCAAGCAACUGACGAAGCUCGUGUUCCCACUGCAAGAACUCGAGAGGCAUUUCGUCCCGGGCUCGAGGCCCGACCUUCACCUGAAGAUCUUCGACCCGAGCCUGGAUGACAUCGCGAGGGCGGAGAGCGUCUUCACGGCCUCUUCGCGGAACCGCAUCGAGUACCUCAGCUCCGCCGUGCGUCUCGACCACGCCCCGGACCUCCGCCGCCCUGAGGUGUGUUUUAUAGGCAGAAGCAAUGUUGGAAAAUCCUCUCUAAUAAAGGCUUUAUUUUCACUUGCCCCAGAGGUUGAAGUUAGAGUCUCCAAAAAACCGGGCCACACAAAGAAAAUGAAUUUUUUCAAAGUUGGAAAAUAUUUUACAUUGGUGGACAUGCCAGGUUAUGGCUACAGAGCACCUGAAGAUUUUGUUGACAUGGUAGAAACCUAUCUAAAAGAACGAAAGAAUUUGAUGAGAACAUUUUUGUUAGUAGAUAGUGUUGUUGGAAUUCAGAAAACAGACAACAUUGCCAUAGAAAUGUGUGAAGAAUUUGCAUUACCUUAUGUGAUGGUAUUGACAAAAAUUGACAAGUCUUCCAAGGGACAUCUUUUAAAACAAGUCCUUCAGAUCCAGAAAUUUGUUGACACUAAAACACAGGGAUGUUUUCCUCAGUUGUUUCCUGUAAGUGCUGUGACCUAUUCUGGAAUCCAUCUCUUGAGAUGCUUUAUAGCAAAUAUAACAGGAAAUCUGGAGACUAAUGGCUUCCAGUUUAGCUGAAGAUUCAAAAUUGUCUAUGCCAACUGAAGUUAAAGACUUAGAAUUUCAACAUUGUUUUAAAUGUUGUGUAUCUGUGACUUGAAUGAUCACUUCAGCUUUAAAACCUGCAUAUUCCCAAAGCAAGAAUGAAUUUGUGCCUGCAGCGGGGGAAAGGUUUAUACAUGAUUGAAUUAUGCCGUUCAUUUGAAGAGAUACCAGCCGUUUUUCCUGUUUUAACAAACUGACAAACGAGCAUAUAGAGGUCCAUAAAAUGAAAGUAUAUUUCCUACUGUGUAGACAAGGGUUUGCCAUAUUAUUUAUUGGGUUUUUGUCUUUUAAAGGAAUGUCUAUUAUGUAUAUUUUUUAAAAAUAUUACAAUGGACUAGGUAAAAAAGGGGCUACUUUUCUGUUAAGCACUAAUAGAUAGGUUGAAGAUAAAUUCUUAUAUGUAUGGCUAUAACUUAUCUUUUUUUAGAGACCUUAUUUGAAUAUAAAAAGUAUUAUUAUUGAUAAAAGUUCAGUCAGUCCAUACUGGAAAUACCAGUUAUUUCAGGCUGGGGUCAGUCACCUUCACAGGGUUCAGAAUCAGAAGACCAGAAUUCAAGUUCCAGCUCUAAUAUUUAUUAUAUGUUGGAAGUUGGGCAAAUUACUUGAGUUCUCUGAACUUCUUUUGUAACUCUUACCUCACAAGCUAUGAAGAUUAAAAUGUGAAAAGGAUAUCUGCAUAUUCUGCGUAUUUGUAAAGCAAAACCAACUCAAGUAUAUAGCAAAAUUCACAGAUAGAUUUAUCACAGAAAACAUCCUGUCAUGGAGGAAGUGACAUUUUAUCUAAUGAAAGACCAAAAAAAAGUUUUAGGUGAGAAAAGUGAUUUGCAAAGGGCAAGAGAAAAAAGGUGAUCGGACAGUUUAUAAUUGGUUCAUUAAGAUUCACAAUGGAGGAAGGGAGGAAGAUGGCAGAGGAGUAAGACACAGGGAUCACCUUCCUCCCCACAGAUACAUCAGAAAUACAUCUACAUGUGGAACUGCUCCUAUAGAACACCCACUGAAUGCUGGCAGAAGACCUCAGACCUCCCAAAAGGCAAGAAGCUCCCCACGUAACUGGGUAGGGCAAAAGAAAAGAGAAUAAACAGAGACAAAAGAAUAGGGACGGGACCUGCACCAGUGGGAGGGAGCUGUGAAGGAGAAAAGGUUUCCACACACUAGGAAGCCCCUUCACGGGUGGAGACUGCGGGUGGCAGAGGGGGGAAGCUUCAGAGCCACAGAGGAGAGCACAGCAACAGGGGUGUGGAGGGCAAAGUGGAGAGAUUCCCGCACAGAGGAUCGGUGCCGACCAGCACUCACCAGCCCGAGAGGCUUGUCUGCUCACGUGCCAGGGCGGGCAGGGGCUGGGAGCUGAGACUCGGGUUUCAUUCGGAUCGCAGGGAGAGGGCUGGGGUUGGUGGCGUGAACACAGCCUGAAGGGGGGUAGUGCACCACGGCUAGCCGGGAGGGAGUCCGGGAAAAAGUCUGGACCUGCCAAAGAGUCAAGAGACUUCACUCUUUGUUUCCUGGUGUGCAAGGAGAGGGGAUUAAGAGCACUGCUUAAAGGAACUCCAGAGACAGGCAUGAGCUGUGGCUAUCAGCGUGGACCCCAGAGACAGGCAUGAGAUGCUAAGGCUGCUGCUGCAACCACCAAAAAGCCUCUGUGCGAGCACAGGUCACUAUCCACACCUCCCCUCCCAGGAGCCUGUGAAGCCCGCCACUGCCAGGGUCCGGUGAUCCAGGGACAACUUCUCCGGGAGAACGCAUGGGGCACAUCAGGCUGGUGCAACGUCAUGCUGGCCUCUGCUGCUGCAGGCUUGCCCCGCAUCCAUACCUCUCCCUCCCCUGUACUGAGUGAGCCAGAGCUGCAAAUUCAGCUGCUCCUUUAACCCCAUCCUGUCUGAGUGAAGAACAGAUGCCCUCAGGCGACCUAGACGCAGAGGCGGUUCCAAAUCCAAAGCUGAACCACGGGAGCUGUGUGAACAAAGAAGAGAAAGGGGAAUUUCUCCCAGCAGUCUCAGAAGCAGCAGAUUAAAGCUCCACAGUCAACUUGGUGUACCCUGCAUCUGUGGAAUAUCUGAAUAGACAACGAAUCGUCCCAAAUUGAGGAGGUGGACUUUGGGAGCAAGAUAUAUUAUUUUUUCCACUCUUUCUCUUUUUGUGAGUGUGUAUGUGUAUGCUUCUGUGUGAGAUUUUGUCUGUAUAGCUUUGCUUUCACCAUUUGUCAUAGGGUCCUGUCUGUCCAGGGUUUUUUUGUUUGUUUU